UCCAGGUCGCUGUGGCUAGAGGAGUGUUCGGGCCGAUACCGAACAAGCUCGCGCCAGUGCUUAUUUCCUUUUGCAUUUAUGAAGGUCAUGGUGUUCAUAGUCGUGUGCGCAAGCACUACCAUGCUCUCGACUUCGCAGCCUGUUAUUGAAUACCUGCAGACACGACAGAGGGUUAUUUGAGUCAGUACGGCAUCAAUGUGACGGAGCACUUCGCCACCACGGAUGAUAAUUACAUUCUGCGAAUGUUUCGUUUAUCCCGGCCAGGUGCCCCAGUUGUACUUCUACAGCAUGGCAUUUUGGCAUCUUCUUGGUGUUGGUUAGUAAAUCAUCCCGGUAAGUCCCUCGGCAUCGCACUCUGGACAAAGGGCUACGAUGUCUGGCUAACAAACAGCCGCGGCAACACAUACAGCCGCAACCAUACCAAGUACCAUCCGUUCCUCAAUGAGAAAUUCUGGGAAUACACGUUCGAUGACAUGGGGAACAGCGACGUAAUGGCUAACGUGGAGCAUAUCCUUGGCGUCACGCACAAGGACACACUUACUUUCGUUGGUUGGUCGCAGGGGACGACGCAAAUGUUCAUCGCAGCGCAGGGCAAACACAAAACGUAUUUGGACAAACAUGUGAAUUUGUUUGUUGCUCUGUCACCUGUGACAUACAUGACCCACCAGACAUCCACAAUAUUGGAAAUCGUGAAGGUGCUCAAGCUCGGAGCCAUUGUCGAGCAGAUCUGGCCAUUUGGAUUUUUGGAUUUGGCACAAGAGCCAGCAAUUGCAGAGUGGUUUUGUCAGGUGACGAAUGGCGCGUUAUGUACCAUCACUGUGGAUUCGAUAUGUGGGACGUCUGAAUUGGACGAUGUGCAGAUGAUAGAGAAUCUCGUUGCGCACUUCCCUGCGGGUACCAGCGUUAAAGAUCUGAAUCAUUACGAGCAGCUCAUAUUGAAAGAGCACUUUGGUCGCUACGAUUAUGGUACCAAGAGAAAUCUUGAGCACUACUUGUGGCCCACGCCUCCAAAGUACGAGCUCGGAAAGCUUGGAAUUAAGACUGCACUUUUCAUGGGGUCCAAGGAUGCUUUGGCAGACCCUGCAGAUACUACACGCAUGCGUGAGGAUCUCAGAGGCAAUGCCAACGUAGUUUUCUCGAAAGAGUACAUGGGAUACUCCCAUGUGACGUGGCUUGUUGGAACCCCGACAGCGUGGCUUGAGGACUUGAUGCACCUGGUGUCGCAGUACAACCCACUUGCUGAGCAGUGGAUCCAGGUUUGACCGCGCGUCUAGGAGUGCAUUGCGCCCUGCUCCACACGGCAAUCUGCGCGAGUGCACAGAGUGAGCACAUUAUCGAAUGUUUUUUGCAGCUUGAUCUUGGUCUCGACCCUUUCUCAUCAAAUCGCCUGUCUGCUCUCCCCCUCUCCUCUCACGCAUUGCGUUCUUUACUCGAGUUUCCUCUGCU